CGAAGAGUAGUCCGUCAGUGUACAGUUCCGCGUUAAUAAGAAUGAUACUUGUCGUUCGACUCGAAAGGAUCGAAUCCGCGGUGAGAAAAUGCGGCUAAGUGUUCGACCAAAUUUCAGUGCGAAUCACGGAUAUUGACGAAACUCGUGAGUGUUUCGGAUGCAACACUUUGUUGUCGACUCUCGACCGGUUUAAAUCUCGAUCGGUCGAGCCGAAGUUUCGAAAGCAUCAACGCCGUCGCGAAGAGGUGAGAUCGAUCGGAAGGAAUGUGCACCACGGAAAUGACGGAAUCGUACACGAUGUCACCGUCGACGACGGUGUCCUCGAGCGCCACGACGCCUGGCUGCUUGGGAUCGCCGAUCCACCGACGGACGCCUUGCAGAGGGUCCCCGGGCCGGGGCGACGUCCAGGACGACGAGGACGAGAUCUCCGUGGGUUGCCCUAGCCCCUUACCCCUCGUCGUGGUCGCGCCCACCGCGGACGAGGAGGAACGGUUGUCCCAAUCGAGGGAGGAAUACGUGGACAGACUGAGCCCGCGAAGGAGUUACCCCAGGGAGUCGGUGAUCGCCGACGACGAGGACAGUUACUCGCGCGGUGGCGAUUACAGGAUGUCGAACGGGAGAGGGCUUCGAGUCCACGAGGGUAGCGGCGGUGAUUCCGUGACCACGUUGAGGGACGAGGAAGAGGAGGAGGAGGACGACGAGGAAGUGAACAGUAGGACUAGCAGUAACGGUGCUUCGGGGGCGGGUGCCGCGGACGAUUACUUCAAGCCUCUGAAACGUUUGAAGAUGGUGCAGAUGCAGCACUCGGACGAGGAGGACGAGAGGGACAGGGACACGAACGAGCGCGGGGUCAAGUCUUUCAGCAUACUGGACAUCUUGUCGCACAGACCCAAGGCGAAGAUCGUGCGCCCUUGGGACACGGUCGAGUCGAAUCACCACCAUCUCAACCACCAUCACCAUCACCGCCAUCACCUGCAGCAACAGCAGCAGCAACAGCACCACCAGCACCACCUUCACCACCACCAUCACAAUCAUUCCACGCCGCCCAGGGAUCUGUCCCUGAUGGGCAUGUCUCUCGCGUCUAUGUCGGCCGGCUCGAUCAGCGAGCCACCUCUCAGCAGCUCGUCCUCGUCCGGCAGGAGUUCCGUCUCCGAUUCCGGAAGCCCGGAUCCGUUGGGCCAUCAUCAUCACGGUAUGCAUCAUGGUAUGCAUCCGGGCUUGCAUCAUCCGGCGUUGCAACAGCAGCAACAGCAGCAACAGUUCAAGAGGAAAACGUCGCAGCAGCACGGCUCUCAGAGCGGGCAUCAUGGGAAGAGGACCACAGGGCAGGGGAGUCCUUUGGACGCGUUGUUCCAGAUGACCAGCAAAACUUUCGACGCCGGUGAGCACAGUCAAGAACAAGCAAAUCACUUGAACUUGUUUAACAACCGGCAGCAACCGAAGAAGAAGCGCAAGAGUCGAACAGCAUUUACGAAUCAGCAAAUCUUCGAGUUGGAGAAACGAUUCCUGUACCAGAAGUAUUUGAGUCCGGCCGAUAGGGACGAAAUUGCUGCGCAAUUAGGAUUGAGCAACGCUCAGGUGAUCACGUGGUUCCAGAAUAGGCGAGCAAAGCUCAAAAGAGACAUGGAAGAGUUGAAAAAGGACGUGCAGACAGUGAAUCCUCUGUUAGUCGCUCAACAUCACAAGACAUUUUUAGAGAACGUUCAAGAUCUUGGAAUCCUAAAGAAACGACCCUUGCCGAGCAUGGACGAGAAGUCGUAGGGAACGAGACGCCUCGAUGCUCGUCGUUGAGGGAAAAUCGUGAUUUCUUAAAAUUAGAGGCUUACACAGGAAAAACUGUCUAUUGAUCUAGAGAGAUCGCUUGUCGAUCGUAGUAAACGUUUUCUAUAAUGCGAUCGUAUAAAAUUACG